CGCCGGAGACAUCAUCUGAAGAUGUGUUCGAAAGAAUUGGGGGCACAAACUCCACGAGGCGGCCGCCUGAGGACGGCAGGAAGGGUAUCAACGGAGGGGGGCCAACGAGGAAGCCCUUGGAGAACCAGAACCGAUGGUAAGGGUUGAAGAGCGGGCCGGAGGAAACGUCAUCAAAAUCGAGGACCUGAUUGCCAACCUCUGUGGUACCGGUGCAGAUAGGCGUCGGGACAGGCGUCAAUGUGGGUGUGCUGGAUGUUGCAGUUGUGUUGACGUAGCGCCUCUGAACUCCGCCAGGCUGGACAAGAGAGGUAAAGACUCCAGUAGUGAAGACCUGGACAACAGAGCUCUGCACGACAACGCUCUGCCAAGUGGAGACAGAGGGAAUGCCGGCAGGAGAGACGGUGACAGCAGGGGCAGAGGCCGUGGAUGCGGUUACAAUAGGGCCACCGACGGUGGAAACACCAGCAAUGGUAGAGACUCCGAGAAUGGUGGAUACGCCAAUGAUGGUAGAGACAAUGGCAGAGCCAGCAGCACCGCCAGUGACAGCGACGUCCGAGGCAGAGGCGAGGAUGGUAUCGACUUUGGUCACCAGAGACUCGUAAGGGAACGUGUACGUGGUAGUCUCAUCUGCAACGACAUUGAUGAAACUGCUGGUGAGCACGGUCGUGGAAGUGGACUCGGAACUGGUGCAUAAAGUUGAUGUUGCAGCGCCAGGAAGAGCAUUGUCAACCGUCGAUGACAGCGGCCAGAGAGUGAUGACAGAAGGCGAGUUCUGAG